UUGAAUAUCCAAACACUUGUAACUCCAUUUUAAUUCGGAGAGGUGAGGGGAAAACAGUCUUAAUAUAUUAAGAUUAUGUCAAUAUGAAAAGUGCUAAAGUAUUUUGCUGUCUUGCAUUUAUUUAUGUUUCUAUUUCAUCGUGUUGUUGCGAAAAAAAUGGACAUAAGAAUGAACCUGUGCAAAACCCACAUCUAAAAGAAGAAGAACGAAAUCCAUUAUUAAAUAAUGCUGAAAGCCAAAAGAAUGGAGACAUUCAUAAAGACGUGUUGAAGUAUACCAACUCGAAAAAAGACAAAUCAGAUAGCGAAGAAGACAUUGCCUUCCAAAAGAGAACCACAUCAGGUGCAAACAAAAACGAUUACAAACUCCACGAGUUCAAGACUCCUACUUCAGAUUCUCAACAGACUAGUGAAGAAGGAGAAUCAAAUUCUGAGGAAUACAGUAGUCAUGAAGAGUACAAUGUUGACCCAUUUAAAAAAAGACGCCCAGAUUCUCAACAGCCGUACUGGAUUCCAUAUACAAGACCAUUGUCUCAGUAUAAACCCCCAUAUGAUGACGGAUCCUAUCCUAAUAGUAAACCAACUCAUCAUGGCGAAUCAUAUUUAAGUUCAUCUUCUCUUGGAGGUCUUUCUCAAUCUAACAAACCUCCUAAAGGUAAACCUUCUCAAGGUGGAUCAUCAUAUCACGAAAGACCACCUACUUAUGGUAGACCACCUUCUCACCAUGAGAAACCUCCCAAAGAUAAGCCACCUUCCCAUGGUGGGUCUGCGUACCAUGAGAGACCACCUUCUCAUCCUUCUCAUGGUAAACCUCCUAAAGAUAAACCAUCUUCCCAUCACGAAAGACCACCUACUCAUAACAAACCUUCUACUCAACAUAACAAACCUCCCAAAGAUAAGCCACCUACCCUUAGUGGAUCUUCCUAUCAUGAAAAACCACAAUCUCACCAUGAGAAACCUUCUUCUCACCAUGAAAAACCACAUUCUCACCACGAGAAGCCGCCUUCUCACCACGAGAAGCCACCUCACCAAGAGAAACCACAUUCUCACCAUCAUAAACCACCUUCGCAAGGAGGAUCGUCUCAUCAUGAAAAACCACCUUCCUAUGGCGAAUCUUCUGAAUCUUCAGAGAAUGAAAAACCAUCUUCAAACCAUAACAGACCCUCAUAUGGUAAACCUCCUUCCAAUAGUAAACCUACAUCACAGAGUGAAUCUUGUUGCAAAGAGAAACCUAUUACAAAUGACAAUCCACAGUCUUACCAUAACAGACCUCCCCAAAAUAAGCCUUCGCAUGACGAACACCUCCAUGAUAAUUACGAAUCUCAUUACCAACAUCCAUUUGAAAAUAAGCCACAAAAUGAUGAAGAAACAGUCGGAGCCACUGGUGCGAUUGAUAUGAAUAAAAACGAACAUAGUACUCCGCCGAAGCCUGGAGCUAUCAAUAACAGCUCACCGGAUCAAGCAGUAUAUCCACUACAUCCUCUUUUAUUUCAAGCAAAGCCAGUCAUCCCUGCAAACGAGAUGGAAAAUAAAUAUCGCUACAGACAUACUUCGAUAGUUAUAAAAUAAAAUUAGAAUUUAAAAAAUUCAAAUAACUCAAAUGUAAUUUCUGUUUGUUGUUUCUUUUUUUAUAAAAUAUAGAAAUGUAUAACUUAAUGUGCUUUUAGAGUAGGGACUAUUGAAGUUACUAUAAUUUAAAGAGGUAACUGGGUUAAUUUAGUUAUAAAUAAAAAUAAACACAAAUAGAGUAAA